CUCAUGAUCAUAGAUUCUGACUUCCCUGUCACUGAUUGGUUCUUAUAUCAAACUCUUGGGUGUAUAUUCAUUUGAAUGCUUCAAUUGGGUGUUAUCUAAACACCCUCUUCAGUCUUAACAACUAGAAUUACCUUCACAAACCCUCCUUUUCUGAAUCCACCAUAAACAGCAUUUUCUUGUCCAAGUAUUACUAGGCACAUCUGCCUCUGUUCUGUGACUGUUACUAUUGUAUUUGUCUGAGAUUCGACAGUCAAGUUUCUCGAGUCAUCACUCUAGAGUCUAGUGUAAAAUAUGGUAUCUCGGUUUCACUGAACUUGAGAUGACUUUCCACCUACCAGAACAUGAAGGUUGCGCUGGUGACCAGGCAUCUAAACCAUGACAAGAUUUUUGCUUGAGAUUGAAAUUGAUAUGACAACCAAUUUCCUACUUGGGAGUCUGAGACAAUACAAUUGCAGAGAUACAAAUGGGGUAGCAAAAAAAAAAUAGAAAAAGAGAGGUGCAAAAUGUCAGAAAAAAUGGGGAACCGAAAAUUAACAACUGAGGAAGUUCUGCAGACCAUACUAUUCUGAUCUAUUUGCAGUUUGCAGUAAUAAAUCUGGGAUAAUCAAGGAUUCACAGUAAGCAACUGUACAGUUUUGGCCUGGACCAUUAACGAAGAGAAAUCAACGAAAGCCAAGAGGGAAUCAGAUAAUUGUAGUCUGAAUUGUUUUAGUCGACAUUGAUCAUAUCUUCCGUAAACAUUAUCAUCACAUCCCCUAGGCUACCUUCCACCAUAAAACAUUUUUCAAACAAACAGAGAUAAUAAAAAAGAAGAAAAAUUGGGUAAAAAUUGGAACUUUAUGAAAUUGAAGGAGAGACUCAGAAGUACCCAUUGGUUCUAUAAUCACAGAGGACGAAUCCUCUCGUAAAAUAGGUAGUUUUUUCUACAUCACAGCCUCCUUCCAUUCCAUUCUCAUCAAAAACAGGAAAAGAAAGACGAUUAAAAGAACACAGAUUUCACCAGCAAACAGGCAACGAAUAGAAGAGAAAAGGAAGAGGGAAAUGAGGAUUUAGCAAAAGGCAAUAAAACCCAAGAAGCAGUAAGAGUUACUGACGACGAAUUGGAGAAGAAAGAGAGCGUCCACUGUUCAGGCGUUGCGGCGGAGGAACUUGCAUUCGAUGGAAAGAGGCACGCGGCCAGUCCAGCUAUUUAUAGAUCGAGGCCGUAGAUAGGGUUAGGGUUUCUUCAGGCUUAACUCGCUCUCUCCCCUCGAGUUAAAGUGGGCCGUCGAGAGGUAAGCGGUAAGCCGCUCUAGGGGAUUUUUCUUUCUUUCUAGAAGUAAAUGGGUUUUGAACUUUUAAUUCUUUUUACAAAAUAGAGGUAUUUUGCAAGGUUGUCGAACCGGAUUAGUCUAUCAAGCCAGUUGAAAAAGUGGUUUGAGGUUGUGAACGAGGACCGGCUUAGUUUGUUGUAGGGCUGGGAAUGUAGACCAAACCGUAUGACAAACCGCGGUUUAGACCGUACCGUACGAUUUGGUCCGGACCGUUAGACCAUGAAUACAAUUUGGUCUGGUCCAUGGUUUGCUUCUUUCACUUGUGGUCUGGAACGGUUUGGUCUGGUCUAGACCGUGGUUAACCGUCCAGACCGUGACAAAAAUUAACUAUGGGCUGAGCCCAACUAGGCAGCCCCAGCCUUACACAUUUCAAUGGCCAAAGCCCAAUUUCAUUGCCCACAGCCCACCACAGCCCUAGCUGCGUGCCUGCGUGCUUCCCCACCCUCCCGCUGUCCAGCAAUUCGGCUGCUGCGUGCGCCGUGCUUCCCCAGCUCGAGCCUCGAAGUGAGAAGGGAGAAGGAGAAGGAAAACGGAAAGGUGAACCCCAAUCGUCGACUUUGCAGGCUAGCACGGAGCUUCGUCUCACCGACUUUGCAGCCCCAACCCCAAUCGUCGCCUCGCGCCCUCGCCUCCCCGUCUCCGAUUAUCCAUCAUCCGCCCCACCGCCGACUUUGGAGCUUCGUCGUUGACUAUCCAGCUCCAUUGCACGGUUGCUAUUUGUCUCCAUCGCCUUCCACCAUAGCCAUCGACCUCCACCAUCCUUCUCUUCUCAGGCUGCUCCAUCACCAUCGACCUUCACUGACUGGCGACUGCCAUCAACCUCCGCCGACCGCCAUUGACCUCCGCCGACCACCAUCGAACCUAUCUAUCUCUAUAGCCAUCGACGUUUGCAAUUCUUCCAUUGACUCCACCAUUGUUUGCUGCCGCUGCAACAGAGAACCAAAAUUAUGGAAAUAAUGAUUGACUGUUCUUCCAUUCCCCUAUGUUUGUUCUUCAUUCCCCAAUUCAAACUGUUACUAAAUGGCUAGAAUGCUUAAUAGUUAAUAUGUCUCUGCCUAUUAUUCAGGCUAGCAAAAGAGCUCGUUACAAAGUUAGCUCUGGAUAAUACAGGUUUUGUUGAACAUGGUCUACUCGGUCCAGACCGUACCGGACCGCACCGCACAGGCGUGGUCUGGACCGUAUAGGUUAUGGUAUGGUCUAUGGUCUCUGUUCUACCCUCACGGUCUGGACCGCAGACCGUGUAUAUGGUCUGGUCUGGACCAGACCGCACCGUUUCCCAGCCCUAGUUUGUGGAGCGGCGCACUUCUCUUUGUAUGGUUGUUUGUUCGAUCCCUAGCGAUCGAGUUUCUCAAUUCUCCUUGUAGCACCAUCUUGUAACAGGUUUAAAUUAAAAAAAAAAUACAAGUUGUUUGACGUUUAAUGGUCAAAUCGAGUUCAGCCAGUUCAAAUCGAUUUUAUAAUAUUAUGUGAGAAAAUCUUCAAUACCAAAUAGAUUAGGCAUAUAUUUGAUAUAUUUUAAACUAAUAUCACUAAUCUACAUUCAUAAAUUACCAAAUCUUUUUUUGAAAAAAAAAAAUCAAUCCACAUCUUCAAAUCGAGUUUCGACUAGUCAGACCACCGAGUUUUAAUAGGUUUAGCCCGUUUUGACAUUUGUCCAGACUCGUCCAAUCAGAGUGUAUUCCAACCGUUUAGAUGACUGGUUUUGACUUUUGACAUUUGUGAAGCUAUUUGUAUCAUCUCACUUUUAAAUUAUUUUUCACCCCUAAUAUAAACAAUAAACAUGCAAUUAUAUGCAUCAUCAAUGAUAAAAUCAAAAUUUUCAACACAUAAGUCAUAAAACAUUUCAAAUAUUUAAGUCUACAAACAACUACAAAUAUAAAAAUCCACCAUUUUUGAGCUUGCAAUUACAGUAUUUCGAUUUUUCGAUCGAAAAUUCGAAAUUUGGUUCGGUUGAAAGAACCCUGAUUUCCGAACUAUUCAUAUUUUCCUUCCGAAUUCUGAACCGAAUAGAGGGUUCUUUCCGAACUAUUCAUAUUUUCCUUCCGAAUUCCGAACCGAAUAGCAUUAAUUCGGUUUCGAUUUAGUUCGAUUCUGGUUUACCGAACCAGUUGUCCACCCCUAUCCACAGUCUAAUUUAAUCAUGUCAUGCAUAACUGCAGUAUCGUUCUCCAUCCUAGUAAAUGGCCAUCAAACAGAAACUUUUGAACCAAAGCGAGGGCUUCGACAGGGAUAUCCAAUCUCCCCGUAUUUGUUCCUAUUGUGUGUGGAAGGGCUUUCAGCUCUAACAAGGAAAGCAGUUGAGGAGGGGCAGACUCCAUGGUUUUCAGGUAUCUAGACGAGGCCCUAUUAUUUCCCACUUGCUUUUCGCUGAUGACAGCAUCUUCUUCACGAGAGCUAGCUCGAUAGAGUGUGAGCAUCUGAGGGACAUCCUAAAACUCUAUGAGAAGGGAUCAGGGCAGAAAGUCAACCUAAAAAAACCGGACUUAACUUUUAGUCCAAAUGUGGGGAAUGAUCAAUGGGCGUUGUUGGUGUGUCUUCUGGGUAUGAAGCAAGUGGAGGAACAUACUAAGUACUUAGGUCUGCCAACCAUCAUAGGAAGGGAGAAGAAAUCAGUUUUUGGGGUAUUGGUGGACAGAGUAAGGAAGAAGAUCAAAUUGUGGAAGGGGCAAAGCUUAUCUAACGCAGCAAUGGAAACCCUAAUAAAAGCGGUAGCUCAGGCCCAGGCAACAUACACAAUGUCAGUUUUUCUGGUGCAUGAGGUGGUAUUGGAGGAAAUAAAGAGUGCCAUCCUAA